GGCCGCUCCGUCACGUCAAUCACGCAUGCACACGCCCUUUCAUAAUGCAGCAUGGGGGAGAGAACGUAACAAAAUGAAGGCUUCGUAGCGGAAUAUAGUCUUAACACCAAAACAGAUCAAACGAUUCGCGGUCACUCACCGAUGGUGACACAUAAUGCCGAUAGUAGACAAGCUCAAAGAGGCCCUGAAGCCGGGCCGCAAGGACUCCAGCGACGAGGGCGACCUGAACAAGUUGCUGGCUUCAUCCGCCAAGAAAGUGCUUCUGCAGAAGAUCGAGUUUGAACCUGCCAGCAAAGGCUUCAGCUACCAGCUGGAGACCCUCAAGACAAAAUAUGUGAUCCUGAAUCCCAAAAACGAUGGAGCAGCGGCACAGAGACAGACUGAACCUGCUCAGAUUAAGAGACAAAUCUCCGAAAACCUGAGUGUUGGGCAGAGCGAUGGGAUCCCUGCUCCGCAGAAGAUGCUUUUCCCUGGGAACAAGCUGUCCAUGAAGUGGGAGCGGGUGUAUCGGGUUGGAGCCGGCCUCCACAACCUGGGCAACACCUGCUUCCUCAACUCUACUGUGCAGUGUCUCACCUACACCCCGCCGCUGGCCAACUACCUGCUCUCAAAGGAGCACAGCCGAUCCUGUCACCAGUCGGGAUUCUGCAUGAUUUGUGUAAUGCAGAACCAUAUCAUCCAAGCCUUUGCCAACACGGGCAAUGCCAUCAAACCUGUAUCAUUCAUCCGAGAUCUGAAAAAAAUUGCUCGGCAUUUUCGAUUUGGGAGCCAAGAGGAUGCUCACGAGUUUCUGCGUUACACCAUUGACGCCAUGCAGAAAGCUUGCUUGAACGGAUAUCCCAAACUGGACAGACAGACACAGGCCACCACGCUGGUCCACCAGAUUUUUGGGGGUUAUCUGAGGUCUAGAGUGAAGUGCUCUAUUUGUAAAAGCGUGUCGGAUACGUAUGACCCAAACCUGGACAUCGCCCUGGAGAUUCGGCAAGCGGCCAACAUCGUUCGUGCUCUGGAGCUAUUUGUCAAGCCUGAUGUUUUGAGCGGCGAGAAUGCCUACAUGUGUGCCAAAUGUAAGAAGAAAGUUCCAGCGACUAAGAGGUUCACAGUCCACAGAACAUCAAAUGUGCUGACGCUGUCCCUAAAACGUUUCGCCAACUUCAGUGGCGGAAAAAUUACCAAGGAUGUUGGCUACCCAGAGUUCCUGAACAUUCGUCCGUACAUGUCCCAGAGCACGGGUGAUCCUGUGAUGUAUGGCCUCUAUGCUGUCCUUGUGCAUUCAGGGUACAGCUGUCAUGCUGGACACUACUACUGCUACGUCAAGGCCAGUAAUGGACAGUGGUACCAGAUGAAUGACUCAAUGGUGCAUUCCAGUAACAUCAAGGUUGUUCUUAAUCAGCAGGCCUAUGUCCUCUUUUACCUGAGGAUCCCUGAAAAGAAAAAUACAGAUGCUUCAAAUACAAAGCAGAACAUUGUGCACUCUGGGAGAACUAAUAUGACAUCGGAGCAGCUGAAGAAGAGCACACUUAAUGGACCUUUGUCUUCACCACAGAUUACAAAGGUAGGCACUAUCUAUUUUGUGUAUUGGUGUGUCGGUGUUCCAGUUGGGUGGAGUUUUUUAGGUUUUUGGUUUUUGAAGUUGUCUAAUGGUACGGGGAACUCCCAUGCCCUGCCCAAGCCGCCCGGUGGACCCACACUGAUCGAGGAGCCCUUUAAGAAAGUGAAGAAGCCAAUACCUCAGCCUCAGUCCCGCAACGGCACUCCUGCUCCAUCCAAUGGCCUCUCCAAACCCGACACCGACAAGAGGAGCAACAGCGAGGGCCGCGGCCUGCCAUCAUCUACCUCACUCAAAUCCCUGUCUGACACCUCCUCGGCAGACACCUCCUCUGAGUCUAAAGAGUCUAUUGGCACAAGGAGCGCACCUGUGGGCGAUGCCUCUAGAGUGAUCGGUCCAGCGUCUCCAGCUAAGAGCACAGAGCGUGUGAACUCCGAGGAGCAGAAGGUGGUGAAGCUCAAACCCCAGGCCCUCACCAACGUCUCGUCAGAGCCCGUCAGCACCAUGUCCCCCCCGCCCGCCAAACGACUCGCCCUGUCCGCCAAGAAGGCCAGUCCCUGGCAGAGCCCGAGCAGCAGCACUGAGGCUCCGCCCCCUUCAUCUCUUCAUCUGUCCAGUGACCCCACACACCUUCUCAGCCGGGCCUCAACCCACUCGCACCACAGAUUUUCAAAUUUGGGAAUUUCUGAUUCUCAUUCGCUCAACCUGCAAUCUCCACCUUCGACUCGCCUUCCUAAAGAAUCAAGUCCCCUUAAACGGCCCUCCUCCACUCUGGAUCCGCCCGCUCAUGCUCUCUCUCCACAGACCAAUGGCGUUAAGCCCCAGCCGCCCAGUACACCUAGACCAAUCCAGAGCCAGGACCGGUCAGCCUCAACUACAGGACUACCCCAGGGGCUCACCAGUCCCACUCUAAAAAAGAAGAAAAAGAAACUAAAACGACGACAUUUGGAAGUCGAGCAGGAUGCCCCUAAAGCCUCGCCCCCAGAAGAACCCAAGCCAAGUACUGAAAUCAGGAAGAAGAAGAAAAAGAAGAAGAGGAAAAGGGAACAAGAGGCCAAUGGUCUUGAGGGACACAGAGAGUGUGUACAGUCCCAUCUCGAGCCCCGUCGGGAUGAGGACUGGUGUCUUGGAGAAACUUGGAGUAUCAUCUCAGAAGCCAAAGAAAAGGAGUCUGAGUCAUCUAAAGUGGCAGAGAAUCGUGAGACCAAACCUCAGUCAGUGCCUCCGACCGGCCAGCCAGAGACAGACCCCGUCCCGAAGAAGAAAAAGAAGCACAAACACACAGAGCAGCUGGAAGAGCUCAGCAAUGGAGUCACCGUUUCAAAGUGUGCUGUUGUAAAAGAGGUUGGUGGUGCAAAUGCUGUGACUGAAUACCUUGGAGAAACCAAGAAGCAAAAGAAAAAGAGAAAACAAAAAAACUUCAGAGAAGAGGAGGAGAGACCGAGGGAUGAAGAACAACUUGAUGUUGAGCUUCAAGAGACCAAUGGAGUCGAGUUGCCUCGUCAGAAACCUGGAAAACCCAGCACAGCUGCAGUGUUCGUUUGGGACAGCCAGGUUCAGGAUGGCUACAAGCGUGAGCAGAAUCAUCAAGAAGCAGACGGCGUGUCGAGGAAAGGCCCGUGCUCUGCUCCUAUGGGCUGGGAUGGCAAGAGGAGCUGUGAUGUAGUCGAGGAGCUCCUCAAGAACUCCUCAGAUAAAGCUUAUGGAACUGAGAUCCUCAGUUGGGAAGGAGAUCCGUCAUCCAUCAGCAGAGACGCCUUAGAGGAUGCACGCUAUGCCAAAAACCAGACUGUCAUUGACGAGUGGGACAUGGAGUUUGACAGUGGAAAAGUAAAGAAAAUGAAAAAAUACAAAAAGGAGAAGAGGAGGAAUGCAAAUGUCUUCCAGAAGAUCCAAGAGCAUCGUAACAUGUGGUCAGUCACGCCGGGAGGCAGGAGGAGCAGUCUGGGGUUUCACCACUGAAAGUUUUGAGGUGCGGAUCCCAACCGUGUGCCCUGACCAGACCAGUUACUUAACUGGAUCAGCAGCAGUCGGAUUUGUCUCAGAUUCUUCUGAAGAACCCAAGUCCACCCCGAGUGCAACAGUACUGUGAAAUAAAGCGAUGAGGCUGAGGUCAUCUCCUGAGGCUUUAGUCACCGUCUGAAAUCCAAAAUACACGCCAGUAAUGGUGCCCUUAUGAUCUUAGGAUCAUAGGAAAUAGGACAAACUGCAGUUUUGACCUUUGAUCUCGAUUAUUCUUAUUGUCAUAAGAACAAAUAUUUACCAGGGCCAGUUUUAUCUUGGAAAGACUACACAGCUUGGCGAGCAUCUGUAAAGGCCAGUGAGCAAAGCUUCCUGAUCUGGGGUCUGUUAUUAGGAGGAGAAUCCUCAAAAUUUCUAAAAAACGGCAGAAUGAAGCCCCUCUCUCCAAUGCUAUUACAUAAUUAAUCUGACUCAACAAAUAACAUCACUGUUCCCAUUAUGCAACUUUUGUUCACUCAUUUAUUUAGCUUUUUCAUAUUUGAGCUGGAUAUUAUUAGGCACUUGCCUGACUGGAUCAUCUGAUUCCUCUCCUCUGUUGGAGGAAGUUGUGUUGCCUUUUAGUUUGCCAGAGACUCACAGCCCUGCUGUCUUACAUUGCAAUACAUUUAUUGCUUGUGAUUGUAUAUUUUCAGGUCUUGCCUGCUUAAAUACUAGCUCAUCUUUCUCAAACUCACCUAAGCAGAGUUUUGUUUUUGUCCCAUUGGAAUACAUGAGCAUUUUUAAAGGGAACCGAUUCUCUUGUGACAGUAUCUCUUCAGAUUUUCCAAAAUCCAAAAAUCUGUUUUAUGCACAGUGCUGCAUAUAACAAUGCAAUACAUUUCAUCCAUGUGAGCUAAAAAAACAAAACAAAAAAAAAAAAACAUGGGCCUUAACACAAACCACUGUGUUUUUGCCAGGAGGGCUGAAUUAGCGCGUCACAUCCUGUAUCUCUUUUCUACUCUCUAUGCAACUACAGCAAUCCCAUGGAUGCUCUGUGAAGGGGUCAGUCCAGGGAAAAACUAGACAAAAGCUGGUCCAAACAUCAUCUGUGUGAGCUGUAAACGCCCUGUCCGUUCCAUGUCUGUUAGCAGCGCUGGGUCAAAAUGAUGUACAUGCUUAUCCACCGAAGAGCUGUCAUAGGAGUAAACCAAUGUUGAAGCUUUCCUAUUUAGGACAUUGUACAGUCUACCUUGUGCUCUCUGUGCCCCCUCCAGUCAUUCUUGUUGUUACAAACCACCCCCUCAUGAAUCCUUGGGUUUUAGAAAAGUUGCCUUGGUUUAAUUUUUAAAAAUGAAUAGAACAUAUUGCAAAUUAUACUUAUUAAACCGUGUUAAAAUGCACAUUGCUAAAGUAUUUAAGGUUUGUGGAAUUGUAAAUGGGAAAUUUUAUCAACCAGUAGAUGUGUGUUUGAAAGGCCUACGUUCUGUAGGAUGUCUGUAUUCUCUUAGUUCACUUCAGAAAGGUUAUUUUCAAAAAGCCUGAAAGCUGAAGAACACGAGGGUGUCUUUGUCAUAUUUGAAUCGAUGGUUCUGUACCUAAUACCUUUUCUGAAAAUGAGACGUCAUUCAGUAUUGCAAAUACAUCAAUAUAGAUAUACUGGUGCAAUAAAGUUGUGAUUUUUGUGAAA